UACUAACUCUGAUGAGACCCGUGGAACCUCUAGUACCAACCAGUCUUGAGAGAUUGCCUUUUUGCCUGAGAGAGCGAGAGGGGGAGAGGAUAAGCGCGAGAGGGGAGCGUGUGAUAGAGAGAGACGGAGAGGAAACGAGAAGCCUCCAUGUUUCAGCUGCCUAUCUUAAAUUUUAGCCCCCAGCAGGUUGCGGGGGUUUGCGAGACCCUGGAAGAGAGCGGGGACAUUGAGCGCCUAGGUCGCUUCCUCUGGUCUCUGCCGGUUGCCCCGGCAGCCUGCGAAGUCCUCAACAAGAAUGAGUCGGUGCUUAGGGCGCGGGCAAUCGUGGCCUACCACACCGGGAAUUUCCGAGAACUUUACCACAUCCUGGAGAACCACAAGUUCACCAAAGAGUCUCACACUAAACUACAGGCCCUGUGGCUGGAGGCGCAUUACCAAGAGGCAGAGAAGCUGCGGGGCCGCCCGCUAGGGCCUGUGGACAAAUACAGGGUGCGGAAGAAGUUCCCUCUGCCCAGAACGAUAUGGGACGGAGAGCAAAAGACCCACUGCUUCAAGGAGAGAACCCGACAUUUGCUACGCGAAUGGUACUUGCAGGACCCUUACCCGAACCCGAGCAAAAAGAGGGAGCUCGCACAGGCUACUGGACUUACUCCCACACAAGUCGGAAACUGGUUCAAAAAUCGUAGACAAAGGGAUAGAGCGGCGGCUGCGAAAAAUAGGCUACAGCAAGGGUUGUCCCAAGGCUCGGUUCGGUCUUUGGCUGAUGAUGAUGGAACCGUCGAUCGACUCGGUCCCGCCUCCAGCCCCGAGGCAAGUUUGUCGAGCAAAGCCGCCACCUCGGCUAUCUCUAUCACUUCCAGCGACAGCGAAUGUGACAUCUAAUGGCGCACAAAGCAGUCGAGAGGAGGAAGAGGAAAAAUUGACAGUAUAUAAAUGAAGGAGAUCCUGAAAAACAAUCUAACAUAAAAACAGUCAUAGUGCCUACGUUUGAAUUGAAAGAAACUGUUCUUCUUUGAUGACUGCCAAAACAUGAGGGUUCUAACGGAAUGCCCUGUCUUAAAGCUAUAGGCUACUUUCAUUUUUUUUCCGUUUUCCACUAUGGAUGACUGAAGCUAAUGCAAGCUGAAAGAAAAUGUAAAGAAAAAACAUAUUCAUAUUCACGAUCCCUUUUUAGGGAUGACUAAUAAACCAAUGCCUCAAGUUGAAACUCUAAAUAAAUCAAAAAUAAGGAAAAAAAGGAGAAGAGAUUCGAGCGCCGAACCUGCUAUUUUCUGUGGGUAUUUCAUGUUGAAAAGACGCUGUAAUAUUUUUACUUUACUUUUAAAGUUGUAUAAAUAAUGUUUAUUUACUUAUUUAAAUGAUAGGCGCUAUUAUAAUUUGAUAUUUUUUUGCUUGGUGUUUUUAUGUUUACCUUGUCCACAGGUGAACCCGUUGAGCAUGUGCGCUUUAGUGAACAUGUGUUUCAGUAAAAAAGACAAAAAAAGUAGCCUAAAGAAACUUAAUAAAAUUAUUGUUGAUCAAAAGAACAAAACAUCAGUAUUUUUAUUCACAGAUAUUGAGAAUGGUGUUUGCAGAUAUCGUAUUACCCGAUUAUUAGCCUACUUGAUAUUAUUAUCGAGUAACGCCUAAUUUGGCAUGAUACGUGAGAUUAUAUUUUAGUGGUUUGGGACGAUAUUUAGAAUAUGAUAUAUGUGUGAGAUAAUAUUUCAAAUAUCGUCCUAUGACAGGUGUGGUGCAUCCUACUAUAUUAUGUUGUGCCUCUGCUUUGGCCUGAUGGAGUGGUCUAUAUAUCUGAGAAUUUAGACAUGUCAAUAAGUAGGCUGCUUGACUACCAAAUAUCUUGAUAUGUGUGUGGACUCUGAGUGAGAAAAUGAGUUUUAUUCUUUAUAAUGCCACACUUAAUAGUGCCCUGACAGGUCCUCGACGUAAUUUGCCAACAUGCCUCGCGUCAUGUAAUGUGGCAUGACAGCGAGAGGUCAGAGAAAGGCCGUCAAACAAAACGGGAUGAUCUCAGAGUCCCGGAGUAAAAACAAAUAGCUUUACACAACACCAGAAUAUGAAAUGUGCUCUGGCUGACUGAUGAGCAGUAGCCUAUAAAAAUAGGUAUUGGCCAUUUUAUUAUUAUAAAUCAAAGAUCAUUUAAAAACCUAUGACAUUUCAUUUAGGUAUCUAUAGUCAUCGAUUUCUGGGUGAUAAGCUAAAACAUUUCUUAGAAUUGAAUCUGCAUGAAGAGUGACAGGUUCGACGGUUGAUCUGAACCAUAUUUCCUUUUAUCGUAUAAUUAAUGUUAGCUAGCCUAAUGUCUGCCACGACUAGGCCUAUGGCGAUGUUCUUAUGAGAGUCUGCAAGGUUGAUAGCUUACAACAUAUUUCAUGUUUCAGGUAUUUGAGUAAAGUCUGUUAUUUAUAUUUGGUCAUUAAUGGUUGAGUUAAACACGUAACGUGUUUAGGGGGUAUAGGCAGAAAUGCUUGAAGCAGACCAUGUUACGGUAGGCUAAAAAACACAAUGGCUGUGAUACAUGUGGUUGUUUGAUGUUAUGAUCAGACGUGAUGCAGUUAUUAUUUUGUGAUAGUGUUUGACCUAACCGUCUAUAGAUAGGCCCUUAGUAAUUGUGUUAUUGUUGUUUUUUUGCAUUACGGUUUAGGCUAGUAUUUAAUUUUUUAACCACUAGCACACAUCCCUGCCUAUGAUGAAUAUAUGCCAAAUAAUGUUCUAUUGGAACGUGAAGACGAGGGUAAACCGUGCAUACACCUGAGGUUAAACUGUAUGUUCCCUCUUUAUACGGGCUAGCAGGAUGUCAGCCCAAAUGAGCAACGAAAAUUAGAAGUAGGCUAGUGUUUUUUCAAUGGCUCCAGAGUUCUGGUUUUCGACAAACACCUGGGUUUUCAUCCAAUUUGCAAUUAAUUACAGUAGCCAGUGAAAGAGACCAGAUGUAUUCCUCGAAACGUCUUUCAGCUGGAACAACACAUAAAUGCAGUGUUUCGGGUUUUGGAUAAAAAGAGAGAGGAAGCAAGUGAGGGGAAGAAAGGGGGGGCCUUGAGUUUCUUUCAAAUCAUGGGGACAAAAUGGCUGAAUAUUUCCGUUUCUAUUGAAAAUCAAGGCAACUAGGGGACACACAUGAAAAACUAUUUUUAGCAGUGAAUAAAGUUGUCCGCGGUAAUCAGCACUAAUGAUGCGGUCUACGGUCCCCGAGCAAAUAAAGGGGCGCUCCCAAUGUUUUGUGAGGGGAAGCAAUACGAGUUUGUACCUUUUCAAAGAAUUAACUGCUGUCAUGGUAUAGUCUGCCAGCCUGGGUACGGAAGUCAGCAUUUUUGUUUAGCGUGUGUGUUCUGGGGCAGCUGCUGCAAUGUGAAUUCGCAAGUAGGACGAUUAAAAGGAUUUAGCCUAAUUAUCAAUUUAUUGACUAUUUUCUGACUGUCUUGUACGUUUGCAUCAGUCAGAACACGUUAAUUGUGCUCCAAUAAACAUGACGAACAUUUUGAAUAAUGAAGAAAAUAUGAUAUAAUAUGUUGGAUAUGUAACCACUGAAUCGAGCGAAAUUCAUUGACUAUUUUUCCUUAGACCUUCAGCACUUGUAUAUAUUGGUAACAUGGUAUCUUCUUGAUUUUUGUGUCGUUUGUAAUCUAUAUAUAAAAAUGAAAGCAGAUGGGACCCCAAUUUCAAUGUUUGUGUCAACCAUAGUUUGAAGGAAGGUUCUCUUUCUCUUGAACUCCAAUCCCUCUAUACUGUUGAGUCUUUAUGAUCGAAUCUGUCAUAGCAGUUCAGCAGUGAUACACAACGUGGUGCUAGCUCGUGUCAGCACUAACAGUAGGCUAUGGCUACGUGGGCUAUUUCUCCUGCAGCAGUUACAUGAUAUUAUCUGGCUAUUUACCACAUUAGUCUGUAUUUCUACAUGCUUGUCUUGAACUGAUUCGUAAUGAUCACUAAUCAAUGUUAGUUUAUCACAGGGUUAUUUUAUGCAUAUUCCUUCCAACGGUGAUAGUAGUCUCUACAAUUUCUAUUUUGAUUGGUUUAAUCUCUGACAUAUUUUUCUCCACUCUGCCUCUUGAUGUUUAUAUUAAAUCCCCUGGUUUUAGGCGUAUUUUUUAUUUAACAGGCUCUGCUAUAGCCUAGGUAUGGUCCUGUGAAAAACAUAUUCAAAUAUAUGUAUUAUUAUUAUUAUUAUAAUUAGUAGGCCUACUGUUAUUAUUAUAUUAUUAUCACCUGUAGUAGGCCCUUUUCGUAAAACGGACUUAAUAGCCUAACUUGCCAUAGAGUAGACCAUUCACCUCUUGCCUGAGUUUUUCCUGUUUUCCCUACAGCGGAUGAGGUCAUUAAAUUACGUAGAAACAUAAGUGCA